AUGGUUCCAUCCAAGCCAAUGUGUGUUGAAGCUUUCUCUGACUACCCACCAUUAGGUAGAUUUGCUGUUAGAGAUAUGAGACAAACCGUUGCUGUUGGUGUUAUCAAGUCUGUCGAGAAGUCUGACAAGGCCGGUAAGGUCACCAAGGCUGCUCAAAAGGCUACUAAGAAAUAA